GUUUGGUCUGGUUUAACUUGAGACAGUGAGGAAAAAAUGUGUCUUUUUAUUCAGUGUAUGUAAACUUCUGGUGUCAACUGUAUUUGCUGUGGAUGGACAUCCUGAAUUUAAACUGACUUUCCCAUGGCUGCCUGCUGAGAACCUGAGCAUGGUGUUGCUGCUCAUCCUUCCUCUGAUUGGUGUGGCACCAAACAGUGUUGUUGAUGGUUCUGUCCCAGAAUCCCUUUCACCCAGAGAUGUUGGCUUAAAGCUUCGGGAGGCUCUGAAGCAGCAGCUGACAAUCAUCCAUGAACGUGUGGAGGCCAAGAAGAUGGCUAAGCUGGCUCUGGCUGAAGUCAGGCAGCUGCUGGCUAAAGAAGAGGAGGAAAAGGAGCUGGACCUGGGCAGGAAGGAAAUGACUGCCAGGGUGAAGGAGAGAGUGGCCAGCAGACUAAAGGAGGAGGAGGAAAAGAUGGAGAAAGAAGAAAUAGAAAAGGCUCUGGAAAAAGUGCGAAAGGAAAAGGUUAAACAAAACGGCGAGGAAAAGGAAGAAGAGACCAAAGAUAAGGGAGGGGAGAAGAAAUCAAAGAAAAGAGAGGAGAAGGUGCUGGGAAAGGAAGUAAAAAAUAAAGAAAAAGUUAAAUUGACUCUCAAAGAAAAAUGGAAGAAAAUUAGAGCUGAGAAAUCUGUUAAAGAAGGCAAAAAAUAAACUCUGAGCUCUGUACAUUUUAUAAGAAAGGCAAUCCCAGUCACAGCCAUUUUUGAUUGGUGGACUGGUAGUCAAUAUAUGUUAUACUUAAUAGUCGUUAUCUGUGUAAUAAAUACCAGAACCUCUAAAUGAUGAGACUAUAGGUCCUGAUCUGUUUUACCUGUGAUUCCUGUUUUGUUUAAAUAUGACCCUUUAAAUGGAGCCAGUGCAGUCAGCUGAUCUUUGUAUGGAAACCAGUCCUUCCAUUUGCACUGUUGUGAUGAGCCUGAUGCAGCCUAUCAGAGCAAGGAGUCAUGAAAUCACACCUCAAUAACAUCUCAUAUUAUCUAUUUUUGCUCUUUUUUUGUGAAUUAAAAAAAUCUAAUUGCUCAAUAGAUUUUUAAGUGUCUGAGUGUAAAAUAUUAAUAUUCACAAAAGCGUUCGGUGAGAUCAGUGAGAAGGCUGCAGUGUUUAUGCUCGUUAUUGUGUCGACUCUUUCUACUGAAUUUCCCAGAAAAAUGGAUCAGACUGGCAAAAAUCAAGCCAUAAAUAAUGUUUUCACAGAAUUAAAAAGUUUUCUAUUAAAAAUGUCAUAAUUUUUAUGUUCUGAAGUUUAACAUUUGCGAUAACACUUUAUUUGAUGGGUUGUGAAUAAGACUGUCAUGACACCGUCAUAAACAUGACAUAACACCUGUUAUAA